GACUUGUUUACAUUACUCAAGAGUUCUCUAAUCUUGGUUUAUUUUUAUAUUUUCCUUUCUUCUCUUUCUCUUCUUUUUCUUCUUCUUCUUCUUCUUUUUCUUCUUCUUUUCUUUCCUUUCUUUCCUUUUUCCUUGUCUUCUGUUCUGCAGCUUUCUUGGCUUUAUCUUUUCUUUCAACUCAAGAAUUCAAGUCCUUAUUCCCACAGAGUCUUUUCUGAUUUUCUUACACUUUUAACAAGUUUUCCUGCACCGAAAAGAUACUUUUUAUGGUUCUUGAAAGAUUUUUCUUCAAAAUCUUCUUGAAAAGAAAGUGAAUAAAGUAGGUGUAGAAAAAGAAGAAGCAUCUGCUAAAAGUAGCAAUAAGGGACUGUAGAGUGGUAGAAAGGUUCUAAAUAGGAGCUGAGGUGAAGAUCUGAUUAAGAAAGAUGAAGAUUCAGUGUGAUGUGUGUGAAAGGGCACCAGCAACUGUGAUUUGCUGUGCUGAUGAGGCAGCACUUUGUGCUAAAUGUGACAUAGAAGUGCAUGCAGCUAAUAAGCUUGCAAGUAAGCACCAGAGGCUUCUCCUUAAUUGCCUCUCCAACAAAUUGCCUCCUUGUGAUAUAUGCCAAGAAAAGGCAGCUUUCAUUUUCUGCGUUGAAGACAGAGCCCUCUUUUGCCAGGAUUGUGAUGAACCUAUCCAUUCGGCCGGUAGCCUCUCCGCAAAUCACCAACGGUUUCUGGCCACCGGAAUCCGAGUGGCUGUAGGCUCUAGCUGCACCAAGGACACUAAGAAGAGUUGUUUAGAGCCACCCAAUCAGAGCGAACAGCAAACUUCCACGAAAUUAUCUGUACAACAACCUUCAAGCUUCAACUCUCAAUGGGCAGUCGAUGAGUUGCUACAACUCUCAGAUUUUGAGUCAUCCCCUGACAAGAAGGAGCAAGUUGAGUUUGGCGAGUUCCAGUGGCUAGCCGACAUGGGAAUAUUUGGCGAGCAGCUUCCUCAAGAGGCAUUAGCAGCAGCUGAAGUUCCUCAACUAACGGUUCCACCAUCUGUCAAUGUCACUUCAUACAGACCCACCAAAUCCAACAUGUCUAAUAAGAAGCCUAGGAUUGAGAUCUCAGAUGAAGAUGAUGAGUACUUCACUGUACCUGAUCUUGGCUGACCUGAGCCAUAAACUCUAUGGUUUGGGUUUUAUGGUUGGUGAACUAUACAUACUUCCAUAAGUACAUGUAAUAUGUAUGUGUAUGUAUGUAUGUAUUUACUGGCGCAUCGAUACGAUGCAUUUAGAAACACAGGUUGGAAUAGGAAAUAUGCUUUUCCUAAAUUAUUUUAUGUUUUGGUGCAUAGAAUAGUGUUAUGAGUGUUUUAUUGCUCUAUGUGUGUCAGAAAGGUGUGUCUGAAUCUUUUUCUUCACAAUUUUAUUCGACAUGUUCGGAUUAUUA